AUGGGAGUUCCAACCAAGAUCAGCAUUCUUGGCCGCGAAAGCAUAGUCGCUGAUUUUGGCAUCUGGCGGAACUAUGUUGCUAAGGAUCUAUUGAGCAACUGUGCUUCCUCAACCUACAUCCUAAUUUCCGACACGAACUUGACACCCCUCUAUCUCGCAGGCUUCCAACAGUCCUUCGAAAAUGCAGCAGCGGGGCUUUCUCCCAAACCUCGCCUUCUUACCUACGAAAUCCCUCCCGGUGAAUCUUCAAAAUCCCGGGAGACCAAGGCGGAAAUUGAAGACUGGAUGCUUGCCCGUCAACCUCCAUGCGGGCGAGACACUGUGAUCAUUGCCUUGGGUGGUGGCGUUAUUGGAGAUUUAAUUGGAUUCGUUGCUGCCACAUAUAUGCGUGGAGUUCGCUUUGUGCAAGUCCCUACAACCCUUUUGGCCAUGGUCGACUCGUCGAUUGGUGGCAAGACUGCGAUUGACACCCCAAAUGGCAAAAAUUUAAUCGGUGCUAUCUGGCAACCGCAGAGGAUCUAUUUGGAUAUGGAGUUUUUGAAUACGCUACCCGAGAGAGAGUUUAUAAAUGGCAUGGCGGAAGUGAUCAAAACUGCUGCAAUUUCCAGUGAAGAAAAGUUUGCGGCCUUAGAAAAUGACGCUGACGUCAUCCUAGCUGCUGUAAAAUCCAAAAACACCCCGGAUCGACUACGAUUCAGUAGCAUCCAAGAGACCCUGAAAAGAACAAUUUUAUCCUCCGCAGAAUUCAAGGCUCAAGUUGUGUCAGCGGACGAAAGGGAGGGUGGACUACGCAACCUCCUGAAUUUCGGCCAUUCCAUCGGCCAUGCUAUAGAAGCUAUCCUAGCCCCGCAAGUCCUACACGGGGAAUGUGUUUCCAUCGGAAUGGUCAAAGAAGCCGAACUGGCUCGCCAUCUUGGAAUUCUAAAUAACGUUUCGGUAGCUCGCAUUGCAAAGUGCCUGGCCAGCUAUGAGCUGCCAACGUCUCUCAAAGAUGAACGGAUAAAGAGGCUGACUGCCGGCAAGCAUUGUAGCGUGGAACAAAUAAUCACCUAUAUGGGUGUUGACAAAAAGAACGACGGGCCAAAGAAGAAAGUCGUACUUCUCUCUGCUAUUGGACGCACUUAUGAGCCCAGGGCGAGUACAGUGUCGAAUGAAGACCUCCAAGUUGUACUUGCGCCAAGCAUCGAAGUUUAUCCAGGUUUCCCAAAAUCUCUGAAUGUCACCUGCACACCCCCAGGAUCGAAAAGUAUCUCAAAUCGGGCCCUUGUCCUUGCGGCACUUGGGUCAGGCACAUGUCGCAUCAAAAAUCUCCUGCAUUCAGACGAUACUGAGGUUAUGCUUACUGCCCUUGAGCGUUUAGGGGCCGCCACAUUCUCAUGGGAAAGUCAGGGUGAGGUGCUCGUGGUCAAUGGCAACGGUGGUAGGAUGGUGGCUAGCCCCAAAGAAUUAUACCUAGGAAACGCUGGGACGGCCUCACGGUUCCUGACUACGGUCGCUACUCUCGCCCAAAAAGGGAGUGUCGCUUCAAGUGUCCUUACAGGAAAUGCACGGAUGAAGCAAAGGCCCAUCGGCGAUCUAGUUGACGCUCUCAAGGCCAACGGGGCUGAUAUCGAGUACCUCGAAAAUCCGAAGAGUCUUCCACUCAAGAUUACUGCUUCUGGAGGCUUUGCUGGUGGGGAGAUGCGUCUUGAUGCCAAAGUAUCAUCUCAAUAUGUUUCCUCAUUGCUGAUGUGCGCUCCCUAUGCAAAAGAGCCAGUGACUCUACGUCUUGUGGGUGGCAAGCCUGUUUCUCAACUUUACGUCGACAUGACCACUGCUAUGAUGAGGUCGUUCGGCAUCGACGUCAAAAAAUCUGAAACGGAAGAGCACACUUAUCAUAUCCCUCGUGGUGUCUAUAAGAACCCUGCGGAAUAUGUUGUUGAAAGUGAUGCCAGCUCGGCCACAUACCCCUUGGCGAUUGCGGCUAUGACGGGCACUUCCUGCACCAUCCCGAAUAUUGGUUCCAAGUCCUUGCAAGGCGAUGCCCGAUUCGCCAUUGAGGUGCUGCGACCUAUGGGAUGCACCGUGAAUCAAACAGACUUCUCAACUUCGGUGACUGGAACUGCUGGUGGAAAACUCAAAUCACUUCCUACCAUAGACAUGGAGCCUAUGACUGACGCAUUCCUUACUGCUUCAGUCCUUGCUGCCGUGGCAAGAGGUCAGGGAUCGAAUCACACUACACGGAUAUGCGGUAUCGCAAACCAGAGGGUCAAAGAAUGCAAUCGAAUUAAAGCAAUGAAGGAUGAACUUGCCAAAUUUGGCGUCACUUGUCGGGAGCAUGACGAUGGUCUUGAAAUUGAUGGUAUCGACCGUUCGACUCUGCGUCAUCCGACAGAAGGUGUGUUUUGCUAUGAUGACCAUCGCGUAGCAAUGAGUUUCAGCGUCCUUGCAUUGGUUGCUCCGCAGCCAACGCUGAUCCUUGAAAAGGAAUGCGUAGGGAAAACGUGGCCCGGCUGGUGGAACACCCUAGCUCAGACUUUCAAAGUGAAGCUGGAUGGAAAGGAGGUGGAGGUAGAGGAGAGGGCAGAAACGAAUGGCGUUGCUCAUUUAGACAAAUCGGCUGCAUCUAUUUUCAUCAUCGGCAUGCGAGGCGCAGGUAAAACCACGAGUGGCGUAUGGGUUUCCAAGGCACUUCAACGACCUUUUAUAGACUUAGAUGACGAGCUGGAAAAAAGUGAAGGUAUGACGAUUCCCGAAAUGAUCAAACAACGAGGCUGGGAAGGGUUCCGGGAUUCUGAACUCGCACUUUUACGGCGUGUAAUGACUGAAAAACCAAUGGGAUACAUUUUUGCCUGUGGUGGAGGUGUUGUUGAAUUGCCUGAGGCUCGAGAACUACUGACCCAGUAUCACAAAACCAAGGGCAAUGUCAUACUUGCGAUGCGAGACAUUAAAGAAGUUAUGGAUUUCCUCAAAAUUGACAAGACGCGCCCAGCCUAUGUGGAGGAUAUGAUGAGUGUCUGGUUGCGUCGAAAACCAUGGUACCAGGAAUGUAGUAACAUUCAGUAUUACAGCCGGAUAACGCAACCCGAUGGGAUGGCGCAGGUACUUCAUGGCUUCAAUCGCUUUUUGAAAGUUAUAACUGGACAAUUGGACAGCCUUGCGCAGAUGAGAAGGAAGGAAAAUACUUUCUUCGUUUCGCUAACCUUUCCUGAUCUCACUCCAGCUAGCAACAUCCUGAAAGAAGUUACGCUGGGCUCAGAUGCGGUAGAACUUCGUGUUGAUUUGCUCAAAGAUCCACAAUCUGACAGCGAAAUCCCCUCUGUGGACUAUGUUGCUGAGCAAAUAUCCGUGCUACGAAGUCGGGUCUCAGUUCCUCUCGUGUUUACCAUCCGCACAAAGAGCCAAGGAGGUCGGUUCCCAGAUGAUGCAUACGAUGCUGCCCUGCAGCUCUACCGCCUUGCCAUUCGGAUGGGGUCUGAAUUUGUGGACCUUGAACUGUCAUUCCCAGAACAGCUCCUGCGCACUGUAACUGAAAUGAAAGGCUUCUCGAAAAUCAUUGCCUCUCAUCAUGAUCCCGAAGGACUAUUGUCAUGGGCGAACGGAUCAUGGAUUCAGAUCUACAAUAAAGCUCUUCAGUAUGGAGACGUGAUCAAACUUGUUGGUGUUGCAAAAACACUCGACGACAAUGCUUCCCUGAAGAAAUUUAAAACAUGGGCAGAAGCAAAACACGAUGUUCCCUUGAUCGCUAUCAAUAUGGGCUACAAGGGCCAGCUAAGCCGGAUCCUUAAUGGCUUCAUGACGCCGGUAUCCCAUCCCAGCCUCCCCUUCAAGGCAGCCCCUGGACAACUAUCCGCCAGAGAGAUCCGAAAGGGUCUGUCCCUCAUGGGUGAGAUCAAGGCAAAGAAAUUUGCCGUCAUAGGCAAACCCGUCUCCUCCUCCCGAUCUCCAGCAAUGCACAACGCUCUCUUCAAACAAAUGGGUUUGCCACAUACAUACGGGAGAAUAGAAACAGACAACGUGGAAGACGUUAAGGAAUUCAUCCUAUCCCCAGACUUUGGAGGUGCCUCCGUCACCAUCCCCUUAAAACUAGACAUCAUGCCCCUACUCGAUGAAAUAGCUCCAGAAGCAGAAAUGAUCGGAGCAGUCAACACCAUCGUCUCCGUCCCGGCAGCUCCAGGCGACAAAUCCCAAUCUUCACGCCUCAUCGGCCGCAACACAGACUGGCAAGGGAUGGUCCGCUGCCUAAGUGACGCAGGCGCGUACUCAGCUGCUACCCCCACCACCUCCUCUGCCGGCCUGAUCAUCGGAGGCGGCGGAACCGCCCGCGCCGCCAUCUUCGCGCUGAAUAGCAUGAGCUACUCCCCCAUCUACAUCGUAGGCCGCUCGCCCGAAAAGCUGGCUUGCAUGGCCUCCUCGUUCCCUGCAGACUACAACAUUCGCAUAGUGGAUGACGUAAAGGCUCUGGAAUCUCUUCCAAUGGUGGCAAUCGGGACGAUACCGGGUGAUAAACCGAUCGAACUGCAUAUGAGAGAGGUGCUCUGUGAGAUUUUGAGUUUGUGCGAGAAGGCUAAUGUAGAGGCGGAGCGCAAGACUGGCAUCACCCCAAAGCGUAUUCUACUCGAAAUGGCGUAUAAACCUUCUGUCACGUCGCUAAUGAAGUUGGCUAGUGAUGCGGGGUGGACGGUUUUACCGGGUCUGGAGGUUUUGGUUGCCCAGGGAGUGUAUCAGUCUGAAUACUGGACUGAUAUUACGCCCGUGUAUGAAAAUGCCAGGAAAGCGGUAAUGGGCGUAUCAUCGAGCGAUGAUACCAUCUCGUAA